AGUGGAGAGUGCCAACCUGAGAGGCGACAUCCCUUGGCUUCAGUUGAUCAUGAGUGACCAAGUGGAGCUAAGUGAUUUGAGUCGUGAGCAGCUGGAGGAGAUCAUCCGCCGUACUCAAAGGAGACAGAGUCUCAGCGGCCAGAAGGAUGUGGUGAAAGCCACCGCUGCGGUGGUUCGAAAGAAGGAGGAGAAGCUGAAGGCAGAGAUCUCUGAAGCUUCCCAGAGAGCAGUGGUGAUGAAGUCGGUGGAUGCUUGCUUCGUCUUGGACUGCACCGGCUCGAUGACUAGCCAGAUCCAAGCGGCUAAGGAGAAGAUUGGUGAGAUCCAGAGUGGCAUUGUGGGUUGCUUGGGCAUUGGAGGCACUGUCCGCUUCUCUGUCGUGGGCUAUAGAGACUAUGGGAGCAUAAAUUCCCAGUUCGAAGUGUUGCCGUUUACGGAAGAUGUGAAUGAUGUGCAGUCGUUCUUGUCCAAGCUGAAGCCUAGUGGUGGAUAUUGUCAUGCAACGCACGCCGAUGACGCCGAUGUUUGCGAAAACAUGAUUGGCGCUCUGAGCCAAUCAUUUCAGUUGAAGUGGCAGUCAAGGACCCGAAUCAUUUACAUUGUUGCCGAUGCUCCGCCACAUGGCAGACGCUUUGCGAAGCCACAGUACCAAUUCAACACCCGCAACCUCCGGAAAAUAUUUGACAGCUACCCCAACGAUGUUCAGCAGUGGGAAGAGACAGACAGGCUCAUGGCACAGUCGUUGGCAUUGAGCCUGAACUUUGUGCUGUUAGAGUAUCCCUGGGGAGAGUGGCGUUUGCUUGAGAAAACGUUCCAAGUGUUCUCUGAGCUCCGCAACACAUCGGCGUCAGCCAGGCUUCAGACUCUGCUCCUUCGACCGGACAAUACUGCGGAUGACUUUGUGAAUGCAUUCUUGCCACCUCCAAGGAGACGCUGUCAAAGACAUUGACCCAACCUAUGUCAGACAAGUCUGGAGCAACAUCCGGAUCUUCAGGAGCGACUCUGUCACUCGAUGCGAAGGCAGCUAUCUCCUGGCAAGAUUGGAGAAGUUGGCCUGUUCAACGAGUACUGGUGACCAACGUGAAUGUCUUUGCAUUGACCUCCGACACCAACCCCAGCCGUGCGAUCCAGAGUUUCCACAUUCGAGGGGAGCCUUUUGCAAGUGGGAGCAUGAGGUAUGCGUUUCCUGCCACCGAUGGAACCGUGCGCUUCGUCUUCAAGGUACACAAAGACAGCAGCCAUAGCACCUCAUCCAUGACAUUGGCGGAUGUGCAGACCCAAGCCUAUGCCAAGGUGUUUGCCCAGGAGUUUUCACAGCGCUUUCGUGUAGCACCCGUGCAAUUUUUGGAUGUAUGGGCGGUUGAGCUGCCAAAGUGGAACAUCGCCAAACAUGCAACAUUGGAACCGUUUGUUGAUGGAGACUUUCAGAAGUACACCAGCAACAAUGGCUUCAUUUCUCAAGAAGCAGAGCUGGCCGAAGCAUUCUGUCACUUCUCUUGGUGUCACUCUGCAGGUCAACUGAUGGUCACAGACCUUCAAGGCUUUGGUUCAGCAGUCUUCACAGAUCCUCAAAUCCAUUGCGUGAAGAAGGACUUCUUCAGCCGUGGCAAUCUUGGCAAGAGUGGCAUGGAUCAGUUCUUCGUAGGUCACUGCUGCAAUGACAUUUGCCGCAGUUUGCAGCUGAAGGAGUCCCCAAUCCAAUUUGCAUGGGAGACCGCUUCUAUGGUCUCAGACUGUUCGGGGGAGCUCUCAACAAGGUUUGCCUCUCACGGGCCUCUGACUUGCGAAUACUGCAACGGGUUUGUUACAGUGCGCGAUCAGGAGUACAUUGACCUUAUUGAGGAGUACCAAGCAGUGGUGUGCCCUUCAUGCAAAGCCAAGGUGAAAGAGAGCAUCGCAACAACUCGAUGCAUGACAUGCAACCAGCCUUUCAAGUAUUCCAUGUACACCAUUAGCGUGAAAGGCUCUUCGGUUCCACCAGUGUGCCGAUCAUGUGAGCAGGGAGAGGUGUGGCGAUAUGUUGAUUGACACUAACACGUUCAAGUUCCACCAACAAGCGUGGAAACAAAUGCAGAUCAUUUGGUGCAGGCGGUGAACAGAUCCAA